AAAUGUCUCGCGGAGCCAUUGAUCGUGCGCAAGGCAGCUCCAAUUUUGAUAUACAGAUAUAAUAGACAUAAAAGGUCCUAGCAAACAUGUCUGGACUCUCGUCGUAUCUUACAGGCGAGCGCACUAUCACCUACACCCAUUCGGAAGAGCCCUUAGUCCUUCCCACUUAUGAUGGUCCAAAGCGUGCUCUACCGGAGAUCUGCAAAGAUGUCAUUCCGCCUUGCUUCUUGAAUCCCCUCUUGAACAAUGGUCACCUCCAAACAGCCUGGACGUCCGUCAAAGACAAAGGCCCUCAGAUUCACUACAAACGUCGUGUGCUCGCCGCCGAAGAUGAGGCGUUCAAGGGUCACUUCACCGUGGACUUGGUCGUUGCGCCACCUCCUGCGAAGACUGAUGCCAGAGCCGAGGACGGCGGUGUCGAAGACAAAGGUCUCCGUGAAGAUCCUGUCGGCGUUGGCCACACGAGACUUCCUCCUCGAACGACAUACUUCACAGACAAGGAAUUCGAGAACAUCGGCACCGAUGACACCAAGCCUCUUCUGAUCACCCUUCACGGGUUGAGCGGUGGAUCAUACGAGAACUACCUUCGUUAUGUCUUGGAUCCUCUGGUUGCGGUCACCGAGGAAGGCAAGAAGGCAGGCGGUCUUUCGGGAGGUGACUGGGAAGCCUUAGUCGUGAACAGCCGUGGCUGUGCUGGCUCGAAGAUCACGACGAGCAUCCUUUACAACGCUCGCGCCACUUGGGACUGUCGACAGGUUGUCAACUGGGCACGUAAGACCUGGCCGAACCGGCCACUCUUCGGCAUUGGCUACUCGCUUGGUGCUAAUAUCAUCACAAAUUAUCUUGGCGAGGAAGGCUCAAACUGCCCGCUCUCCGCUGCAAUCAUCGUCAGUAACCCAUGGAACUUGGAAGUCAGCUCGCUGAACCUGAAGCGGACCUGGAUUGGCUCUGAAAUUUACGGCAAGGCUAUGGGUGGGCACAUGCGUGCCCUCUUCGACAUUCAUGAGGAACAAAUCACCAAGAACAAACUUCUCAAGACCGAACGGAUACAUAAGUUGAAGUACCUAUGGGAUUUCGAUCGAGAAGUUCAGUGCGCUGCGUGGAAUUAUCCUACGGUAGGCGCCUACUACCGCGAUGCUAGCAGCAUCAGUGCCGUGCUCAACAUCAAGAUUCCUGUGCUCGCGCUGCACGCACAAGAUGACCCGAUCGCUUGUGACGAAGGGGUUCCGUACGAAGAGAUCCGCAAGAACCCGUAUAUUGUGAUGUGUGCCACGGGUGGAGGUGGGCAUCUCGGCUGGUUUGAAUAUGGUGGUGGACGUUGGCAUCGUAAGCCGACUAUGGCUUUCCUCAAUGCCAUGUGGAAACAGGUCGACUUCAGCAAAAUUGAAGCACCUGAGGAGCACAAGGGCCCUCAUGGUGGCUUCGAGGCGCCGUUCGUCUACCAGCCCAUGCGCCGUCCUUUGCAUGUGGUUUCGAAGGAGUGAUUGACUGUGGCGGAGCAUCCUCACUAUUGUGAUGCGGAGAUUUUCGUUC